AUGCCUCAGGUUCGGCAGCUGAUUCGGGGUACAGGCAGCGAGGCAACCGCGAGCGCGUGGAACGGAUCGCGAACGCGAUGGGCGGCCGGCACGGCGGACGGCGCGCUGCAGAUCUGGGAUCGCUGCGACGACGGCGCGGAGCGCGGGCCGCUGAGCCUCUCCGCGAGCUGGCCACUGGGGGGAAGCGGCGGAGGGGACAAAAAAGCAGCAGCAGCGCACGUGGUGUGGGCGCCACAGGAGUUCGGGGGAAAGCUGGCUGUGGCGUGUAGGGGGAGCAGCCGCGUGCACAUCUGGGGGGAGGUUGAGGGCGCGGGGGAAGGGGUGGAUGGGCGGAACAGGGCCAUGGGGGGAGCGGAGGAGAUGGGGGGAGUGGGGGAAGUGGGGGCGGCAGGGAAGAGCGGAAUGGGGCGGAGAGGAAUAGAGAAGGCGAGCAGGAUACUGAAAUGGGAGGAGGAGGGGGUGGAAGGGGAGGAGGGGCUGGGGCUGACCAAUCGGGAGCAGGCGGAAGGGUUGAGAGUGGUGGUGCUGGUUGCAGCAAGAGUGGGAGCGGUGGUAGCAGGUGGAAGCAGGUGGCAGUGCACUUUCACCGAUCCUCUGCUGCUGGUGGCAGUGACAUCGGAGGGGAGAAUGGUGGUGCAUCGCUGCAACGACUGCCUCACCCUCUCUCAUUGGUCGCUUGAGGCUGACGUGGCACUGUUUCCAUACGCUGACGUCAGCAUGGGCAAGGAGCUGCUGUCGCGUGCGAUCAUAGCCGUCCAUCCAUCCACGCGUGCAAUUGGCCAAUCGCCAGCUGUUGCUAUUGCCACGUGUGCAGCAGCAGGCAGCAGCAAGGGUGACAGCAACACUGCUAAGGUAUGGGUGCGCAGUGACCGCUACAUGCACUGGCAUGCCAUAGCAGACCUGCUACCUAACAACAUUUCUGCGACCACAGCGGCCAAUCUACCGCCGCCACCUGUCACGAGCAUCGCUUGGGCGCCCACCCUAGACAGGCCUUUCGAUGUUGUUGCUGUAGCUGCUUCGUCCACCGUGAAUCUGGUUCGGAUAGACUAUCUGAACCAGCCUGGCUCGGCGCAGCAGUUUACCGAGCCUUAUGAAGCCCAAGAUGCCAUGGGUAUGGGGGAUGGUGCCGAGGCAGGGCGUUACCACUCCAAGCCUUCCGAGGCUGCAGUUCAGGUUCGGCAAGUGGCCCGGCUGGCGUCCACCAGUUCUGCGCAGGUGCACCAAGUUUCCUGGGACCUAUUAGGCUCUAGCCUGGCGACGGUGGGAGCAGAUGGUGUAGUAACGCUGUGGAAACAGAGUGCAAUGGGCAAAUGGGUAGGGCAUCCUGUCUACACUGCGAAGUAA